AUGAAGUCUGCAAUCUUUGCCCUUGGCUUUGCCGCCCUCGCCCGGGCUCAGUCCCUUGACUUUGAUGUCAUUGACUCUGCUCCUGUUCCCGAGACCACCACGGUCCCGAUCGGUGCGGGUUCGACCACUGUCGCCUACAACAGCGCCACCGCAGCUGCCAGUGCCGCCGCCGAGAUCACUGCCAGCCCCAUUGUUGACGAUGUCAAGAUGAGGCGUGACAUGAAGAACAGGCUUGCCUUUGACAAGAGGGACGGCAACUGUGCGGUUCAGCCUGUGGGCUACGGCCCCGUUCCCGACCCCGAUACCCCAGACGCCUUCCUUGCCGAUACCGACUUUUCUACUGCUGCCCAGAGCGCCACGACGCCUUCGGGUUUCGUGCAGAGCUUCUCGAACCUCCAGGGCUCCAACUCGGCUUAUGCCUACAUGGGAUACACUGCUCUCAAGAGCUACGAUGCCGCCACCUGCGCCAGCAAGUGCAAGGCCAUUUCUGGUUGCAACGCCUUCAACAUUUACUUUGAGCGUGACCCUUCUCUGGACCCUGGCUCCGCUUGCCCCAACCCUGCCAGUACCACGGUCAUCAAGUGUGUCUUCUGGGGUGGUCCCGUCUACAGCACCAACGCCAAGAACACGGGACAAUGGCGCAGCAGCUUCGAGGUGGUGAUUGCCGGCUCCAACGGCUACAACAGCGUCGGACCCUUUGCCAGCCCGACCGGCUACACGGGCACCUACAUCGGCCAAAAGGCCAUCAACGCGCCCCUGUGCCCCAGCGGCAGCGACAGCUACCUGGGCGUCAAGGCCUUUACCUCUGGACCCUUUGACCCUUCCCUGUGCGCCGCCGCCUGCUCGGCCCAGAGCGACUACAACCGCGCCCACCCGGCCUCGGACGGAACCUACAAGACGUGCCAGUUCUACAACACCUACAUGCUCAUCAAGAACGGCGGCACCGGCCAGCAGCUCUGCGCCAUGUACGCCAACUCUUGGGAUGCUAGCUACGCCACCAACAACGGCCAGUACCGCGGCUCGGACCACUACACCAUUGAGUUCAGCGUCACUGGAAGCAACAGCUCCACCCCCGCCACCUGCUCCAGCUAG